CAAAAAAAUUCAGUGAUCAUCAUGAUUAAUAUUAAGGUUUUUGCUCUUACUGUUUUAUUAAUGGUGGUAGUUGAAGCACGUUCUUAUCGUGGUUUUGCACGAUCACAACCAUUGGUAGCAUCAUAUUCGGCACCAACAGCAUCACGUUCAGCUAGACAAGCUGAAGCUGAACCAGCACCAGAACCAUAUAGUUUUACAUAUGAAACUACCGAUGAAUAUGGAAUGACAUUGACACGUUCAGAAUCCGGUGAUGCACAGGGUAAUGUUAAAGGAUCAUAUAUGUAUCGUGAUCCAGAAGGUAUCUAUCGUACUGUUGAAUAUGGUGAUAGUGGUGAUGGUUUCAGUGCUCAAAUUCAAACCAAUGAACCAGGUGUCAUUUCACAUAAAGCUGCUGAUGCUGAAUAUUUUAAACAAUAAUAAUGAUAAAGAAAAUAAUUAUUCUAAUGAUAAUGUCUUUUUUUUAUUGAUCAAAAUAUAACCAAUUCGCUCAUUUUAAACACACCCACACACACAGACACAUUUAUUUCAUCAAUCUAAUGUCUAUGUUGUUAAUAAAUAUUUGUUUUGCCAUAAAAAUGACAAAAUUUAAAGAUAAAAAAAAUGCCAUGUACACAUGAAACAUUUUCCAGGGAAUAAUUGGGAUGCCAACAUUAGAAAAUUCUGGUCUAAACAUUGACAAACAAGCACACAUAUAAACAUUCUUGAUUCUAAAUUUUAUUUUUUUUACCAUCAUAUGAAUGAUGAUUAUGAAUAAUAAAUUGAUUAUCGAAUGAAA